UCCACAGCAUCCCCUCCAAGGAGAGUGCAUCUGGUCAGAGCAACACCCGUGGGGGCCGCACCCAUCCGGGCCCCUCCUGCCACAUCAGCACCAGCCACCAGGGCCACCGGGGAGACCCCAGGUGCCCGCUCCCCCAAGUUCUCCUGGCAUGAGGGCCAGAAGCGGCUGCCGCUCAUCGGGUGCGUCCUCCUGCUCAUCGUGCUGGUGGCUUCCCUCAUCCUGCUCUAUGGGGGACGAGAGCCCCAGAGUUCGAGAGAGAUUGCAGUCUACUUCUGGAGGGGCCACACGAGGAUCAAGUACAAGGAGGCGGCGGAGAGCUGCCCCCGGCACGCUGUGCGCUGCGACGGCGUGGCCGACUGCAAGCUGAAGAGUGACGAGCUGGGUUGCGUGAGGUUUGACUGGGACAAGUCUCUGCUCAGAGUCUACUCGGGCUCCUCCCACCAGUGGGUCCCCGUCUGCAGCGACAGCUGGAACAGCUCCUACUCCGUGAAGGCCUGCCAGCAGCUGGGCUUUGAGAGUGCUUACCGGACAGGCGAGGUGGCCUACAGGGGCGUCACCAGCAGCGUCUCCAUCUCCAAAUACAACUCCACCCUCCAGGAAAGCCUCUACAGAUCUGAAUGCCCUUCCCAGCGGUACGUCUCUCUCCAGUGUUCCCACUGCGGACUGAGGGCCAUGACGGGGCGCAUCGUGGGAGGGGCACUGGCCCCCGAGAGCAAGUGGCCGUGGCAAGUCAGCCUGCACUAUGGCACCACCCACAUUUGCGGGGGCACGCUGAUCGACGCCCAGUGGGUGCUCACGGCUGCCCACUGCUUCUUUGUGACCCGGGAGAAGAUCCUGGAGGGCUGGAAGGUAUACGCCGGCACCAACAACCUGCAGCAGCUGCCCGAGGCGGCCUCCAUCUCCCAGAUCAUCAUCAAUGGCAACUAUUCUGACGAGCAGGACGACUACGACAUUGCCCUCAUGCGCCUCUCCAAGCCCCUGGCCCUGUCCGCUCACAUCCACCCGGCCUGCCUCCCCAUGCACGGACAGACCUUCAGCCUCAAUGAGACCUGCUGGAUCACGGGCUUUGGCAAGACCAGGGAGACAGAUGAGAAGACUUCCCCCUUCCUGAGGGAGGUGCAGGUGGGCCUCAUCGACUUCAGGAAGUGCAACGACUACCUGGUCUACGACAGCUACCUCACCCCCAGGAUGCUGUGCGCGGGGGACCUGCGGGGCGGCCGCGACUCCUGCCAGGGGGACAGCGGGGGGCCCCUGGUCUGCGAGCAGAACAGCCGCUGGUACCUGGCAGGGGUCACCAGCUGGGGGACGGGCUGCGGCCAGAGGAACAAGCCCGGCGUGUACACCAAAGUGACGGAGCUCCUGCCCUGGAUAUACAGCAAGAUGGAGGCUGAACACCUGGAAACCACAGUGUGGCGCCUGGAGACACCCACAGGCAUGUCCCGCGGAGGAGACGCCGGGAAGGGCCUGGAAGGUCACCUCGGGGAUUGUCGCCCCUCUGACCUGGACUCGGAGACGGGCCCAGAACACGCAGCCGCCGGCAGCCCGGUGACACCAGCACGUCCGGGUGGUGAUGGUCUCGUCGGAGCGCCCACGUCCCUGGCAGGAGGAGGCUCCGUUGGCAUCGCCAGCAUCUGCUCCCGCCGGCCCCCAGCGCUGUGUGUGGAGCUGCGAUGGCCAGGCUGA